AUGGAAUCGGAGCUAAAGGAUUUGAAUUCGAAUCCACCUUCAAGCAAAGAAGAACGUCCUUUGUUGAAAUCAGAAUCCGAUGUUGCAGCAGCCAUUGAAGAGCUUGAUAAAAAGUUCGCACCUUACGCUAGAACGGAUUUGUAUGGAACAAUGGGUUUGGGUCCUUUUCCGGUGACGGAGAAGAUUAAAUUGGCGGUUGCGAUGGUGACUCUUGUUCCGGUUCGGUUUAUCCUGGCGAUGAGUAUCUUGCUUCUGUAUUACUUGAUUUGUAGGGUGUUUACGCUGUUUUCUGCUCCGUAUCGUGGAGCAGAGGAAGAAGAAGACGAAAGUGGAGUUGUUUUUCAGGAAGAUUAUGCUCAUAUGGGAGGUUGGAGAAGGACUGUUAUUGUGAGAUGUGGGAGGUUUCUCUCUAGGGUUUUGCUUUUCGUAUUUGGGUUUUAUUGGAUUCAUGAGAGCCGUCGAGAUUCAGCAAUGGAUUCCAAUUCAAAAACUACUUCUUCUGAGAUUGACCAGAAAGACGAAGCCGUUAAGGAGGAACCUGAAAGACCUGGAGUUAUUGUGUCUAAUCACGUUUCGUACGUUGACAUUUUGUAUCAUAUGUCUGCUUCUUUUCCAAGUUUUGUUGCCAAGAGAUCAGUGGGCAAACUCCCUCUUAUUGGCCUCAUCAGCAAAUGUCUUGGUUGCGUCUAUGUUCAACGAGAAGCAAAAUCGCCCGACUUCAAGGGUGUGUCUGGCACAGUUAAUGAGAGAGUUCGAGAAGCUCAUAGGAAUAAAUCUGCUCCAACUAUUAUGCUUUUUCCAGAAGGAACAACCACCAAUGGAGACUACUUACUUACAUUCAAGACAGGUGCAUUUUUGGCUGGAACUCCUGUUCUUCCGGUUAUCUUAAAAUAUCCAUACGAGCGUUUCAGCGCGGCAUGGGAUACAAUAUCCGGGGCACGCCACAUUAUUUUUCUUCUCUGUCAAUUCGUAAAUCACUUGGAGGUGAUACGGCUACCUGUAUACUACCCGUCACAAGAAGAGAAAGAUGAUCCCAAACUCUAUGCUAGCAAUGUUCGGAGAUUAAUGGCCACUGAGGGUAACUUGAUUCUAUCGGAUUUGGGACUUGGCGACAAAAGGAUAUAUCACGCGACUCUCAAUGGUAAUCUUAGUCAAAUCCGUGUUUUCCAUCAGAAAGAAGAAUGA